AUGCUGCCGCACCGCGUUCCCGUGGCGACGUCCAGGCGGCUGCGCUCGCCGCCGCGCCAGAAGGUCCUGUACUACGUGCUGUGCCUGCUGGGCGUGGCGGCGGUGCUGCAGAUGCUGCGCUUCCUGUACGGCAAGUGCGAUACCCGCGCGCACAUGUCGACGCUGCUGACCAAGACGUCGCGGAUCCUCAAGCGCAACAACGUCGAGUACUGGCUGGACAAGGGCACGCUGCUGGGCGUGCACCGCGACGACGGCCUCAUCCCGUGGGAGUACGACGUGGAUCUCGGCGUCAUGAACGCCACGUGCGCCGAGAUCUCGGCGCUCAAGGGCGAGUUCGAGGCCGUCGGGCUCACGGCCUACGACCGCCAGGACGCCAUUCCGCACAAGGUCAAGCUCACGUACGACACGGAGAACCACGAGUUGUACUGGUCGGACCCGCGGCUGCACGACCCGUGCAUCCGCGUGUACGACGCCACGGACGUGGGCACGUGGGUGGACAUCUACUGGUACGUGGAGCUGACGCACGAGCAAGUGGCGGCCGACCGGGAGAACGUGCUGGUGCCGCCGGGCUACGACGAGGAGGACAGCCUCGUGUGCUGCUCGGAGGGUCUGCAGGCGCACACGGAGCACAUGUGCUGCGGCGGCUGCGUGCCGCGCAAGUCGCUGUUCCCGCUGCAGCAAAAGUUCGUGAACGUCCACGACGGCGUCGACCCUGUGCAGGAGCAGCCAGUGCCAGCCGCAGUGACACAGUUCCUAUCGAUCCAGUACGGCGAGAACGCAUUGACGAGCCGCGAGAUCAAGGGCUGGAAGGGCGUGGUGUGCGGCUUCUGGACGAGUCCGCUGCUAUUUAUGGUGCACCUGGCGCUGCUGAAUGGCGCGCUGGUGGCGCUGGUCCUGUUCUACCGCCGUCGGUGCGCCAAUGGCAGCUCCAAGCGGCGGAAGCUCUAG